AAUUCGGCAAGCGACAGGAAGAAGUGGAAAGACGACCUACACAAGGCGAACCACGAAUUCUUGCUGGGAUUUCCCUCCAUUUCCCUUCCGUCACCGCGUCCGCAUGGCGAGCGCUGCAAGCCAUCCGCACACAUUGUCACGAUGUUCAAAAAGGCGCCAACGAUCAAGCCAUCGACGCUGGUGCGCUCCUCUAAUCGAAGAUCGCUCAUAGCUCAGCUGCAGUCCCAAUUCCCAGCCUUCGCGUCCGCGUCGCCCGACCUGGUGCUCAAGCUCGUGCCCGAGACGCUGCACCAACGCAAUGCUAGCACUCAUGCAGACGACAAGGCGGUGCUGUAUACGGACGAGAAGGGGAGACCUUUGUGGUUCGAAAUCGGCAACACUGCCGGGAAAGGAGCGGAAAAGGCAGGCAAGGGAAAAGGCUUGUCCAAAGUCGAAGUGAUUCCUACUGUGUAUGCUUUAUGGCUGCUGCCUACGCUGCUCCCCCGAGUCCCUACGGAGUCUAAGCUGGUGGCCUCCGCGGACAGUGCGCUCAUGUCCGGCACAUCCUUGAUGGUGCCGGGCUUCCUCCCACCCCCAAACACGUUCCCCAUUUCGUCUGGAUCAGACUUGCCGAGGACAGGUGACCUAAUCAGCAUUACCGCUCAAGGAUCCAGUGUGCCCCUGGUGGUGGGCAAGCUCGAGAUCGACAUGAAAGACAUCGUCGAACGGCGAAGCAAAGGGGAAAAGGGGAAAGCUGUCAAGAUCCUGCACACCCAUUGGGACGAACUCUGGGCGCUCGGAGGUAGCAAAGAACCGCCUAGUGAAGCUGCUCUGCCGGACGUUUCAAGCUUGUCUCUCGCGACGGACUCAUCAGAUCCCGCGGCGCAUGGUGCUGCAGCUGAAGCUGGGGCAUCAGGCGCAGCAGAAAAGGCAGAGCCGGACAGUACAGAGGACGCGGGAGCAGGUGAAUCUGGAUUGGCAGCUGAAGAUGGACCGCAAGGAGAUACUGCAGACUUGCUGGCGGAUCUAUUAAGCGGGGGCGGCGAUGCUGAGGAGGAUCAAGAGACGUCCUCUCGGAUAACAGCGUUGACCGCGAAGGAUGUCGAUGCUUUGCUUGACCUGGCUCUGCUGAGCGCAGUAGCCCAAGACACGCCAGAAGAGCUGCCAGUCGAGUCGAGCAUCUUUUAUCAGCUCCAUGUCCUGCCAAACAGACCCACUACGUGGCCUCCGACUCCGGAGGGGGGUUUACAGGAUGCGUCGUAUGAUGAUGUGGAGCCCAAGAGGCAAAAGACGGCGGUCAGACCAGACGAUGAUGUCAGGAAGAGCUCAGCCAAAAAAUUGGCUAAAUGGGUGAAGACGGCUGAGAAGAGUGGAGUGUUCAAGACGAAAGAUGUCAAGGGCAAGACGCUCAUCACCGAAUUUGACACUGAUCACCCAGAUGUGACCACGCUGAAGCCGUUCAUUACGCUCAAGAGUCUGACGAGUAGCGAUGCGACUGAGGCUGCUGAUGAGAUCGAUCAUAGUGCGCCUCAUCCUGCUGGGUCAGAGACGACGUCAAACCCAAAUUUGCACUUGCGCACCGUUGUAGAACGUUUUUGGACACCUUCAAAUCAAGCCGUCAAGCUUUUCCAGAGCGCAGGCUAUCCGACCUCCGCUCCCUCUUCGCGGCCUGCUAUUCGAGAGAUGCUCGAGGCCUAUGUUGCCAAGCAUCAGUUGCGCGAUGGGCGACAAAAGGACCAUGUUCGACUGAACGAUACUCUCCUAGUGAAUGCUCUUUUCCCUAAAGCUUCAGCCAACAAGGACGAGGUGCCGGCGGUGAUGAGCAAGCCGGCAAUUCUGGAUAAGCUGAUUAGCACAAGCUGCACUGAACACCACCGGGUCUCUAGAUUAUCUGCCUCCAAAGCGGCGCAAGCGGAAAAGAUCAACGCCGAAUUGGGAGGUGAGGACGUGGAGCUGGAAGAGGGAGAAAGUAGGGGUCCUAUGCGAAAGGGAGUCGCUACUCCUGUGAGAAUAGAGAUCAAGCAAAGGCAAGGCAAAAAAGUGGUGAGCCUCGUCACUGGUCUAGAAAGCUUUGGUGUGGAUCCCAAGGAUCUCGCUGCCGAAUGCAAGCGUAAAAUGGGAGCCAGCGCGAGCGUCUCGCCAUUGGCGACAUCUUCACCCAAGAAUCCUCUAUUUGAGCUUCUCAUCCAGGGUAAUCAGAGCAUUGCGCUAGUCAACAUGCUUGCGGACCUCGGAGUCGAAAAGAGGCUGGUCAAGGUCGAAGAUGGAGGUAAAGGUAAAAAGUGAAGGAUUCUUGUGUGCAACUGUUUGCUCUCGACAGCGUGGACGAUCCUGCUCAAUGAUGACCCGCUGGCUGGCUUAAUUGUGUCUCGCAUUCAUGUUGCACUUCCAUACUGUCCCACCCCUCCUUGCAAGCGCGGGUGAUCAAGGCUGACGGCAAGGAAUCGGAAAGACGUCACCACGAAUGAUUUUGAUGAAAGCCUUGCCAGCAGCCUAAUGUCGAUGUGAGU